GUAUGUUUUGCUCGCCGUGGCGCAGUGUCCAGGCUUCAGGUGAAAUACGAGUAUUUCUUGGAUGCUAACACCGUGAGCAGAUGGCUUACCUUCAACCUGGUGGAUGCACCCAGCUGGAACUACACUUGCUUUGAUGCCUACACCCCCGCCAAGGCUCACUCCCCCUCUGAGGGCUGGGGGCACAAAAUGGUGGAGGUCAAAGUUCAGGGGUCAGGACUGUACUACGCCGAUAGUGUUCUCAUUGCCUCCAGUCUCCCCUCUACUGAUCUACCAAGUCUGACAAUGAAGCGCAGUCGUCCACCAUUUGUGAAUCGUUUGAUGGUCCUAGAUGUCACUGUAACUGGGAGCUCUGGAGACUAUAACAUCACCAUUGUCCCCUCCAACUGCCAGAGUGACUUCCCUCUCUUUGGUGUCUCUGGAGCUGUGAACACAUCUGGAGACCCUGCCAGUAACGACGUCACCCUGAGGGGCAGCAGCUGGCCAUCUGGUGUCCAAGUUGAAGUGACCAGGGUCCAGGCAGCCUCACCUCCAAUUUUGGGGACUUUUGACCUCCAAUACCAGAAUGAACAACUUACAGGUAUUCCUGUGAACAUUGAAGCCUCGGACCUGAGGGACUUGUUACAGACAGUGUCUGGUAUGGGUAAAGUGGACGUGGCCAGAACUGGACAGUGCUCAGACUACAGGUGGACUGUCCACUGGCUGACAGCGGGCAACAAGCCUAUGAUGCAGAUUGAUGCCAGUCAGGCCACAGGGCUGGGUCUUAACAUCACCGCAGUGCCCAAACAGGAUGCUUACACGGACUUUGACCCCAUCAUUGGAGACAUGCUCAGGACCAUUGAGAACAAUGUCCAGGUGACUGUAUCAGUGAAUAAUCUGCCAGUGAAGUGUGAUGGUGACUGUAGUUUUAUGUGGAGUGAGGCACAAACCCCUCACCUCACUGCUGCUACUCCUAACUCUGGCUCACCUCAAGCCAACACCAUCAUCCAGCUAACUGGGACAGGCUUUGAAGCCAAUGCCACUCAGAACACCGUCACCAUUGGCGGAACACCUUGUGAUGUCAUCAACGCCACCACCUCGCAAAUCUUCUGCACCGUGGGUAACGGCCCCGUGGGGACAUUUGACAUUCUGGUGAAUGUGGAUGGAAAGGGGUAUGCUAAUCACUCCUCUGGGCUGCAGCAGUUUACAUAUGACUUGGUGGUCACAGGGAUCACACCCACCAAUGGAAGCAUUGGAGGUUGUACCAUAGUGACCAUAUCUGGGUCUGGGUUUGCAUCUAAUGCUACUGCUACUGUUGGCGGCUCACAGUGUAAAAUAGUCUCCCAGGAUUAUAGCAGUAUUGUAUGUGAAGUCCCAGCAACA